CCUUUGCACAGAAGACCACUCGUUGGCAUCGACCGAAUUAGUCAUUACAUCGUCAUUUUCAAUUCUAAAUCAACAUGCGAAGAGCACUGUUGGCUGGCGUGGUUCUUAUAGCCUCGGUUGCUGCCCAAGACACAGAGAUCUCGUCCUGCAGCGCUCUCUCUUGCAUCAAUUCCGAAAACCAGGGCGUCUGUGCAUCGGCCAACUCUUCUCGCGCCGUUGGGGUGGGAAUGGCCUCUGAAGUCCUCGUCAUCUCGGGCGAGAAACUUUCCUUCACUUUUGUUGACGGCAGCCCAGAUGGCGUACUUGUAUCCCAGGAAGGCUACCAAUUUUCCACCCAGACGCUCUAUGUCGGCGUGCCCCCAAACCAUAACUCGAGCAACGAAAGGGCCGUAUGUGCCCUGAUGUUGCAACAUCAGGCGCAGACAUUUGGACUGCCGGAGGACAGCGCGCGAAACACAACUUCUUGCCGCGCAGUAAUGCCCGAUAGCUGUCAGAACGAAAUGACCAGUUUAGUAGAGCGGUUCCAAUACACUGGAAGCGCUCAGAGCAACCAGACCGGAGGUACCUCGCUGCCACGAUGCAAGUCGCUGGCGCAAUUUCUCAACACCAACAUCAACCACGAACUGUCCUUUUGCGGACGCUACACCGGCUUCAUUAACAUCACCGGAGGCCCAAUCUCCGGUGCGGACCUUUCUCCCAGCCCGGUUCGGCUCCAAAGCGAAGGCUGCCAGCCCGUCAUCCCCGAGAGCUACGAGCUCCGCAGAGUUGCUGAGAUGCGACAGAUUCUUCCCACAGGAGAGGUCAGCAGCCGAUCUUCGGGUGGCCGCUCAGGAGUGACUCCCAUCUUCAUGGUUCUAUACGACGAGGAAGGAGGCAGCCCUAUCGUGCAACUCACCUGCAUGAGGACGUUCAACUCAGAUGGCGAGGAAAUGCCGGAUGCUUUGAACACCGACGAAAGCAGCGCCAUCCGAAAAGAGCCUCGUGCCGUCGCCGGGAUUAUUGCGUGUCUUCUCAGCUUUGCCUUCCUCCUUGCCUGAUCAGCGUAAUCAAUCAUUGCGUCAGGAGAACCACUUGCAGGGUUUAGAUUGGAAGUGAUGGUAGCUAGAAUGCGUUCCUUGUAAUAAAAAAGUAUGAUAAAUCUUUGCUCAUGCUAUACUGGAAGCAAGCAUAUUCAUGUAAAGUAUAGAAGAUUAAAGAUAGUCCUGCGUUCUCUUCGUAAGCAAUUGCAGUUUACGUAGGGCUUUAGGUUUAAGUGAUGGGUAGUUGACUAGGUCGGUAUUCAAGGUCUAGGAAUAUUGGC